AUGACUGAGAACUCUGCUCCUGCUGCUGGUGGUGCUGGUGGUAAUGAUCGUGAGGAGCAUCCAAAGAUCAUUUUGUACCAUUAUCCAUUCAGUCCCUGGGCCCACAAAGUCAGCUGGUACCUCAACCUGCGCGGCAUCAAAUACCAAGAAUGCAUCCAACCGCCCAUCAUCCCGCGUCAAGACCUGGCCAUCCUCGGCAUCACCUACCGGCGCAUCCCGCUGCUGGCCAUCGGAAACGACGUCUACAUCGACACCACCCUGAUCCUGCGCGAGCUCGAGCGGCGCUUCCCGAACGGCGGGCUCGACACGGACCCGCAGCGGUCGCUGGAGUAUGCGGAGCGUAGCAAUGGCAUGUUUCCGUUUGCCGCCGGGUGCAUUCCGAGUAGCUUGCCGAUUAUGAGGGAUGAGAGAUUUAUCAAGGAUAGGAGCCAGUUUAGUGGGAGGAGCUGGAAGAAGGAGGAUUUAGAUGCGGCACGGCCAAAGGCUCUCGCCGGCGUACGCAAAGCUUUCGAAGCCGCCGAAAAAGACCUCUCCGACGGCCGGGACUGGAUCCUCGGCAAAGAGCUCUCCCUCGCCGACAUUGAAGUCGUCUGGCCGCUCGAAUGGGUGAUCAGCAUGCCCGGCGCGCUCCUCAACUCCGACAUCACCCCCGAAACCUUCCCCAAGACCUUCGCGCACAUCACCCGUCUCAAAGCGCGCAUCCCGGGCUCCAAGGCCGCGGGCGUCACCAGGAUCAAGGGCGAGGAGGCCAAGGCCGUGAUCCUCUCGUAUCACACGCAGCAGGAGGAGACGGGGAACGUUGGUGUGACGGACAACGAUCCGAGCGGGGUGACGUGGGGCGAGGAGGUGGAGAUUACGCCCGUGGAUACGGGGCGGGCGAACCCGCAGAGGGGGCGGGUGAGGGAGUUGAGUAAGGAGAAGGUGGUGGUUGAGGUUGUGCCGACGGGGGAGUAUCAUGGGAAGGGGAGGAAGGCGCUGAGGGUGCAUUUUCCGAGGGCGGGGUAUGAGGUUGUGAGUACGAGUGCGAAGGGGGAUGAGAAGUUGUAG